UUAAUUGACCAGAUAGAUUUUUUUGUAUAUAAUUCAAAUAUGAACCAAGAAAAGAAAACUAUCACAGAUAACUAUCAUAUUUAUGAUUCUGGAAAAGUUAAAUAUAAAAUUUGUACAGAAUUUUUUGAUACUUUCUUAAUCAACACUAUGAAAGCUCAUAUUGAAACUCAACAUCAUGAGUUUUAUCUUGUUAAACAAGCUAUUCUACUUUUAACUCGUCCUCAAGUUUCUGGUAAAGAAACUUUAUCUGAUAUUUCAAAAUUGGGAAUUACAAACAUUGAAACAGAAAAAAAUAGUGUUUUAGAUUUUAAAAAUUUAACAAUUAAAGGACUAUUUAGUAAGAAAGAAGAUGAUUAUGUAUACAUGAUCCAAUUCGAUAUUGUAUUUUACAAUGAAUCUAUUUCUCAAAAGAGAUUUUGUUUAUCAACUAUUUCCAUAAACAGCCAAAAAUUUCAUUUAAAAUAUGAUUCAACAGAAUUAAUAUUCAUUGAGCUUCAAACUCAAGAACAGCUUUUGCUAAAAUUUGCUGAAUUAGUUAGAAAUUAUAAAUCAGAAUUUGAGAUUGUAUCAUCACAAUGCAAAGAAAUUGUUAAAGAAGGAAUGUAUGAUGGAGGUUUGGUCAUUCUACCAAUUAAGAACAUUAAAAGACCUGUGCCAGAUGUUGAUUUUACUUCAUAUUACCCUCAUGAUAUUAUACAAAACAACAUAUUACUUGAAAAAUGUAUACCAAAAGAUUCAACUAAUCCUAAUUUAAAUGUUGUAAUUGACAAUGACAUUGUUUAUGAUAAAUUUUUACCACAUAACAAUAAUAUAAACAACAUAGAAGUUGUUUCAUCAGUUAUAGCAUUUUGUAAAGCAACAUUAAAGAUCAUGAUUGAUUUCAUGAAAGAACAAGAAUUUAUAGUAGUUUAUGAAGACACAGAUUCUAUAUUUUGUUCAUUGCCAGAAUCAUAUUUCACAGAACUUGAUACUAAAAACAAAAUUAAUAAAUACUUAAAACAGAUUAUGAAAUCCACAUACUUGAAGAUGGCCUAUGAAAAAACCAUGUAUCUCUUUUUAAUUUUUGGAAAAAAGCAUUAUAUCGUAAUUACUCAUUUAGAUGUGCCAAAUUUAGACAUUUUAAAUUUACUAUUGAAAGAUCUCAAAAUUAUUAAACAUAAUGUGCCAGAGUUUUACAAACUAGUAGUGAAAAAAUUAAUAUAUUCUUCACUUGGAUUCAAUAAAGAUUUCUCGAUCAGACAAGAAGAAAUAGACCAAAAAGAAUUAGUCAUACAGAUAAUCACUAACUAUGUUAAUAAAAAAGAAACACUAUUAGACUUGUUUGUUCUUAUAGCCAAGUUUGACUCAACAUAUGCUUCAGUAUUAGCAGUUGAUUUUGUAAGAUUAUUAAACAAAGAUCUGUUAAAAGAAUAA